CCAGGAGGCCCUCGGUGAUACCGUACUCUAUUUUAUGAUUGGUGAAGGCGGAGACUACAUUGAAGUCGAUUGGUCGCCUUCCCCUCCUCUCUCUCCCCCCACGUGGGCUGGAGGGCGGGGCUUGUGAGGAGGAACCCGCUCCGCCGUCAUCCUCGCGCCGAUUGACUGUAGCCCGGGUGACAAACGGUUGCAUGUGGAUUUGAAGUCGGGUUCAGAAGAUGGAGGCGAACGUUCCCUCCGCCAAAUCCUGAACCAAGCCUCGAAUUGUCCCCCACACCCCAACCAGGAGAUAACAUGUGAGCAGGGGAGUGGGAGAAGCAGACAAGCGAUGAGAAGCCAGCAUUGAAUUGAAGGUGAAGGGGCGGUUCGAGAGAGAAGGCGGGUUGCGGCACUGCGGACCUGCUGGAUCCGCCCCGGCCACCACAAGCCGCUGGCCAGGGGCCGCACUGUGUGUCCCCGCCGCAGGCCGCAGGCUCCAUCCUUACCUUUACCGUGCCAUUUUCAGCCAUCGGCUGAAGCUUGCCCCUCAGGGGAGGCUGCCAGCAACAAUAAGCCGCAGUGACUCUGAUCAGGUGCAUCAUUAUUGAGCUUGACCGUGCAGUGCUUAUGUUGUAGCAGCCUUUGUCUAGGAGCAACAGAUUUCGUCUUUGGGAUAAGAUCAGCAGUGCGCAGCACAGAAGAAAAAUGGAUGAACAAAGUGUUGAAAGCAUUGCGGAGGUGUUCAGAUGCUUUAUUUGUAUGGAGAAAUUACGUGAUGCCCGACUCUGUCCACACUGUUCAAAACUUUGUUGCUUCAGUUGCAUAAGGCGUUGGCUAACAGAACAGAGAGCCCAGUGCCCGCACUGCAGGGCACCUCUUCAGCUGCGGGAGCUUGUGAACUGUCGUUGGGCAGAGGAAGUCACACAACAAUUGGAUACACUUCAGCUAUCUAAUCUCAAUAAACAUGAGGAAAAUGAUAAAGACAAAUGUGACAGUCAUCAUGAGAAACUGAGUGUAUUUUGUUGGACUUGCAAGAAAUGCAUCUGCCACCAGUGUGCACUUUGGGGAGGAAUGCAUGGAGGCCACACGUUCAAACCAUUAGCUGAGAUUUAUGAUCAACAUGUUACCAAGGUGAAUGAUGAAGUGGCGAAGUUGCGACGUCGACUGAUGGAGCUGAUAAGUUUAGUUCAAGAAGUGGAGAGAAAUGUGGAAGCAGUGCGUAGUGCCAAGGAUGAACGUGUGAGAGAGAUUAGGAAUGCUGUGGAAAUGAUGAUCGCAAGACUGGAUACACACCUGAAAAAUAAACUUAUAACACUAAUGGGCCAGAAGACAUCACUGACUCAGGAAACCGAGCUGCUCGAGUCACUGUUACAAGAAGUAGAACAUCAGCUGCGAUCUUGCAGUAAAAGUGAAUUAAUAGUGAAAAGUCAAGAAAUCCUGUUGAUGUUCCAACAAGUGCAUCGCAAACCCAUGGCGUCCUUUGUCACGACACCUGUCCCACCAGACUUCACCAGUGAACUGGUUCCUGCAUAUGACUUCAGCACAUUUGUCCUGUCAAAUUUCAGCACUUUGCGUCAGCGUGCUGACCCUGUUUACAGCCCUCCUCUGCAAAUAUCUGGACUCUGCUGGCGAUUGAAGGUUUAUCCAGAUGGAAAUGGAGUAGUGCGUGGAAAUUACUUGUCAGUGUUUCUGGAACUUUCUGCUGGUCUCCCUGAAACAUCAAAGUAUGAGUACCGAGUGGAAAUGGUUCAUCAAGUCUCCAAUGACCCAACCAAAAACAUAAUUCGAGAAUUUGCCUCUGAUUUUGAAGUGGGUGAAUGUUGGGGCUACAAUCGUUUCUUUCGCUUGGACCUUCUUGCCACUGAGGGUUACCUGAAUAUGCAGAGUGACACCUUGGUGCUCAGGUACCAAGUGCGCGCACCUACGUUUUACCAAAAAUGUCGUGACCAGAAUUGGUACAUCAGCCAACUUGAGGUGACUCAAACAGGUUACAUCCAACAAAUCAACAAUCUCAAAGAGAGAUUGGCCAUUGAACUUUCGCGUAACAGGGCCUCUCAUAGCUUGUCGCCACCAAAUGUGCACUUGAGCCCACAAAACAAUGACUGCUUGGAUACCAGGACAAAAAAGCUCAUUUGUAAUGAAGAUCUUCCAGCAGAGGGUGCUUGUUCUGUUCUGGCUGUCAGCCUGGUCAAAGAGGAGGAGGAAGAUGACAAGAUUCUGCAGGAUGACUCAAAUCAUGAUCUUUCUGAUGGUGAUUUGGACAUAGAAUUCCUCACAGUAGAUGAUGAAUUGAACCAACUUGACGGCAGCAGCUCAUCUGCUAGCUCCUCGGCAACGAGUAAUACAGAAGAAAAUGACAUCGAUGAGGAAACUAUGUUUGGGGAGAAUGAUGUUGAAUACAGUAACAACAUGGAUUUGGAGGAAGGGGAGUUGGCUGAUUCAGCAGGAGCUUCUGGAGGGAUGAACAACCACAAUAGGUCUUCAAGGCGGGUAACGGGCAGUCUGACGUCCGCAGCCAACAGCAGCCUACUUGAUAUUGACCCUGUCAUUCUCAUACAGCUGUUGGACAUAAAGGAUCGAAGCAGCAUGGAAAAUCUUUGGGGUAUUCAGCCCCGUCCACCAGCUUCCCUCCUGCAUUCAGCAGCUCAAUGCCGUAAAGACCGUGACCAGCGGAGACAGCAAUCUGUACGUCGCUCACCACCUGAUUCUGGCGUCCUGAAGAGGCUGAAGGCUCAAAUGGCUGAAGUCAGAAGCAAAAUGUCUGAAGUCAAAAGCCAAAUGUCUGAAGUGAAAAAUAACACCGUGCCUUGUGGAGAUUUGGGGUCAAACUACAUCGCUUAUGCAGGAGAGCAGGUACCACAGGGGUCCUGCGGAAUCACCGGCAUCCGGAGGCAUGAAUCGGGGCUGGACCUCUUUUCUAAUUACAUAACCUUUGCAUCCAGCAAAAAAUCUGCAUCUCCAAAGCACAAUCGCUCGGGUCCAGGGACCUCUCUGUCUCUCCGCAGAGCACUAGAUUGUGUGGAUAAGGAUCUCCAUUGCCAAGAGAACUGUCAAGUCACCACAGCAGGUUCAACAAAAUCUAACAGUAGACAAGGAUCCCCACACUCUAUAAACAAAUCCACUGAUUCCGAGGUAACGUCAAUCGGCAAGGCGGAUGAUAGGCCUUCUGCCAUUGCUGCUUCUGAAAUGUUUGGCAUCUCAACACUGAAUGGAUUGACAUCACUGGAGACAUCACGGAAAAUCGUUACAAUAGGAUCAAUGUCCCAGUGCUCUUUCACGGAUAGACAGCAACAUUCCGACACCGAGAGUACAAUCGCUUUGGCAAUGCAGGCUUCACCUCUUGAGUGUGCCUCAAACAGGCCAGAAGAAGUUGUGUCACUUCAGAAGACAAUCCUUCGUUUAUUACCUGGAAUGAGUACUGAUAGUGAGAGCGAAUGUGAUACUGAGAAUGAGCAGGAAGAAAGCAUAUCCACAGAGGUGGUGACUCAUAAUGCUGCAGUUCAGAGCUCUGAAGGUGACUUGGGUAUUUCUGAAAGUGCCAAUUUUGUCAUUGGAGAAAAAAAGGAGCGAUCAUAAGGACCUUGGAAAAUAUUUUGUAUCCAAAUUGCAGCGGAGACGUGGGAAGAGAAUGGGGACCUGCUAAAGAUUUUUCCAUCUUUAAUAGUAGGUUAAAGGAAAUAACCUGUAACGUCCUAUGUGAAAACUGAUGCUCGUCUGUCACUCAUACACUACUAUACCAGCUGUGUGCUGAUCCCAGUAAACAUUGCACUGACUUUUAUUUUCUUCAAUGGGGGCAAAGUUAAUCACAUCACCCAGUACUUGGUUAUGCAUUUAGAAACCUCUUCUGUGUAGCCCAUCCUGGCUUUAAUGACAUCUACUUUAGAUCAUCGAUUCAUUUUCAGCCUUGAGUUUUUGCACGGCUGCAGUCAGCUGUUCUGCCCUAACAUUUCUUCUGAAACCUUUUUCAAGCAACUUGCGAGUUACAUUUCAUGAAGCUUUGGUUUGUUUUUUGAGAACAAAGUUGUUAUAGGUCACGUCCUCUUCAAUUUGUGCUCUUGAGUCUAUCUCCCAGACCCAUUGACACAAACAUAUGUACAGACCCUGUCCUCUUCUAAAUUGCCCCUGUUUUGUAGAAGCUGAGCAGUGAUCCAUGUUGGCACUUGGCCAGGCUGAGCUGGGAUAGAUGGGUGAAUGGUGGGUUGGUAGCGGUUGUGAGUAGUAGCUGAGAUUGUGAACUUGCCAAAGGGCAAUCGGCAAGCCUUGCUCUUGUGUACCCAAGAGGAAAACUUGCUUGUUCUAGACCAUGGUGUUUUACUACUGAUGAUUUUGUGCCCUGUGUUAUUGGACUGAUCGACUGCAGCAGACUAACAAAACAAUAAGUGGGAUUAUUGGUUGGUAAAAGCUGAGUCACCAUUUUGUGUUCGCUGUGACUUGGAUAGUAUUAGAUUCAUGAUUAGACAUGUAUACAGUAAGGUGUUAUGUAUUAUCCCUGCCCCUGGAUUUAAUUCUUCAAACUUGAUGGACACAAUAGUUGAAUAAAUGCUCCAAAGUAGUCCAACUAAUCUAUGCAUGUCAAAUCUUUGCUUUCUGGCCUUGACCUAACAUGUAUUUUAUCAAGGUUAUCUGAGCACGAGUGACGUUGUACGAUUGCUAUAACAUGAACUAAAUGGUGUAUUUAAGUACUGCCCCAUUGACCCCACUAAAGCUGCACAGAGUGAAUAUGAGUUCAGUGGGCAAGUUCGUUUGCUGCCUUGUCUUCAACAUUAACAUGAAAUUAACAGAUUGUUUGUGAUGAUGCAUGGUGGUGGUGCUUUGUACAUAUUUUCAUUUCAAACUUCCUGCUACACUUGGCUUCUAGUUCGCCACUGUUAUCAUUUGUGUGGAGUGAAGCCCAGUAGGGAAAAACGUGGCCUACUGCUCUGUAGUGUUAUAACAUCAAGCAAACUGAUGUCCUCAAAAAAUGAGCAACUGUACCGAAGUUGGGUAUGUUUUGCAGCUGCACUUGUUAAUUUGGUCAAUUUUACACUUGAUUGUUUCAGUUAUAAUUUCUGGCACAAGAUUGAAGCAAAACAUCCCAAUAAAAUUAUUUAUUUCCAGAUUAAGUACCAUUUUUAUUUAUUCAACUUCUGCCUUUGAGUAGCUUUUUGUCAACCAUUAUUUUAACUUUCUCUGUCAAAUAAUUUCUGUGCAGUCAGUCCCAUGAUUUUGCAGGUUUCCUUUGCAAAUUCACCCCAGCCAAACAAUAAGAAUCCUUCCUCUGAGUAUUCCCCAAAUUUGAAUCAAUUAGUAAAGUUAAGAGCUCAUGGCUUUCGAUCAGCAGCAAAUGCCUGCCCAGGUUUUACUUACUGGUCUGCUUGAUGCUCCCACCCAAAAUCCUUUGUAUGAACAGCACAUGAUUUAUGUGAUUGUGGUUUAUUUUUGAGUUGGGAGAAUUUGUAGGCCUCUGUAAAUUCAGAGUUUACAACAUCUCUGCUGCAGACCAGUCAUUAAUUGUAUUGUCACAUCAAACAUUCAAUAUUUAUUGGGUGCUGAUACAAGAAACUAGUCUUUCCAACCUUUUCUAUUAGGUUGGUCAACGUGUACAAAACAAAAGACGAUUCUUUGUGGGACCCUUUUCUUUCAUCUCUACUUACUGGUCUGGUGUGAUUUUAAUGUUCUUGCUUUGGUUUUUUGGUAUUUUGCAAGCCUUUCUUUGUUGAAAGACAGUGUGUGGGUAACCAGUGAUUAGCUUCCUCGAGCAGCGCUACCUUUUUCUGCAAUUCAACAGCCCUGUCUACCUUUCUUCUGCUUCCCCCACAACUAUUAUGUGCCUGCAAUGUAUAUAACUUCGCCAAGCUUUUUUCUUUUGCUUUAAAGAGUACUUUUAGAAGAUAUAUUAGGUUUUGUGAAUUUCUUCAAUGCUGUGCUUUGAGGAUGCUCCCCAUUUGAUGGAACUUGGAAUUCUAUCAACGUCUGUUACACCACUGCAGGCAGUCUAUCCAUGUAUUAGAAAGUAAAGUACUGAUUUGGUAGUACUGAACUUUCAUUGUGGACCCAGCUUCUCCUGAGCAUGUCAACAUCCUGUCUAAAUGUGAUGUACCUUGUACUGUGAAGUACAGUUAGAAUUGUUGUGCUUUAUUUGUAAUGUGUAUUCACUGUUGCAUUUUAAAUACUGUCUCCAUUGUGUUUACAUGAUCACAUUUCUGCACUUUUGUUAAUAAAACUGUAAGAUACAAA